AUGGUUCCACCAGGGAUCCACCAGGGAUCCGCUGGGAAUCUGUAUGGGUUCCACCGCAGUUCCACCAGGGAUCUUUUAGGGAUCCGCCGUGGUUCCACCGGAGAUCCACCAGGGAUCUGCCACAGUUCCACCGGGGAUCUGUCAGGGAUCCACCGUGGUUCCAGCAGAGUUCCACCGGGGAUCCACCGGGGAUCUGCUGCAGUUCCACCGGGGAUCUGUCAGGGAUUCACCGAGGAUCUGCCACAUUUCCACCAGGGAUCUGUUAGGGAUCCGCCGUGGUUCCACCAGAGAUCAGCCAGGGAUCUGCCACAGUUCCACCGGGGAUCCGUCAGGGAUCCAAGGCAGUUCCAGCAGGGAUCCACCAGGGAUCCGUCAGGGAUCCACCACGGUUCCAGCAGGGAUCCACCAGGGAUCCGUCAGGGAUCCACCACGGUUCCAGCAGGGAUCCACCGGGGAUCCGUCAGGGAUCCACCACGGUUCCAGCAGGGAUCCACCGGGGAUCCGUCAGGGAUCCACCGCGGUUCCAGCAGGGUUCCACCGGAGAUCCGUCAGGGAUUCAUCACGGUUCCCGCAGGGAUCCAUCAGGGAUUCACGGGGGAUCCGCCGGGGAGCGGGGGGAGGCUCCGGGGCGGCCCCGCGGAGCCGCCGCAGCCGCGGGCAGCGCGGGGCCCCUCCGGGCCGGAGGAAAUUGCUCUGGGGGAAAACCCCGCGAUUCUGGGUGGUUCAGCUGCAGGGUGUUUGUGCUGCUGCUGCCUUGCUCUGGCUGGGGUAGCCCCUGGUGGGGCUGGAGCCACUCACGGGUCCCUCUGGUCACAGGCUCAGCGCUGGCGCAAUGAGAACUACGAGAGGCCCGUGGACCUGGAGGGCUCCGGGGACGAUGAUCCCUUUGGAGAAGAUGAGCUGGACGACAUCUACUCUGGCUCUGGCUCGGGGUCUUUCGAGCCGGAGCUGGGGCUGGACACGGCCGUGAGCCUGACCACGGACACACUGGUGACACUGCCCACCACAGCGGCCGUGCUGCCUGUCACCGCCGCCCAGCCCGUGGCAACGCCCCUGGAGCCGUCCCCCACUCCCCAGGACACCACCCCCGGGCAGGCCACCAGCGCCUUCCUCAUCCCCAGGACCACGGAAGCACCGGCCGUGCCCAGCUGGAAAGCCACCACGGCCAGCACCACGGCCAGCCAGCCCCCAACCACCACGGCCACCACCACCACGGCCACCACCACCACGGCCACCACCACCAGGGCCACCACCACCAGGGCCACCACCACCACCACCACGGAGGCCACCACGACCACAAGCAGCACCACCGUGGCCACAGCCAAGCCCACCACCACCCGGAGGUUCCUGCCCCCCUUGGCCACCAAGGCGGCCACCACGCGGGCCACCACGCGGGCCACCACCCUGGAGACCCCCACCACGGCCGUCCCUGACACCAGCACCCCGACAGAGGUGGCCACGUCACGCCUUGUCCCCAGCAGCACGGCCAAGCCCAGGGCCCUGCCAAAGCCCAGCACCUCCAGGACUGCAGAGCUCCCCGAGAAAAGCACGGCCUUGCCGCCCGUGGCCACCACGCUGCCGCCCACCGAGGCCCCCCAGAUGGAGCCAGGGGAGGUGACAGCAGUCCCUGAGAAUGAGCUGGAGGUGCCGGCCAGCAGCGGCCCCAGUGGGGACUUUGAGAUCCGGGAGGAGGAGGAGACGACUCGUCCCGACCUCAGGAACGAGGUGAUGGCCGUGGUGACGCCGCCGGCAGGGCCGGGGCCCGGCAGGAAUGUGGAGACGGGGCUGAUGGACAACACGAUAGACUCGGGCAACUCGGCUGCUCAGCUGCCCCAGAAGAACAUUCUGGAGAGGAAGGAGGUGUUGAUAGCGGUGAUCGUGGGGGGCGUGGUGGGCGCCCUUUUCGCCGCCUUCCUGGUGAUGCUGCUCAUCUACCGCAUGAAGAAGAAGGACGAGGGCAGCUACACCCUGGAGGAGCCCAAGCAGGCCAACGUCACCUACCAGAAGCCCGACAAGCAGGAGGAGUUCUAUGCGUAGACGGAGAGCCCAGAGUGCCUCACGCUUCCUCCCUCCCCCCUUCCCCGCUCCAAACCCUCCCCCUCCUCCCCUCCAUCCAGUCUCUCUCUUUUUUCCCCCCCUCGCUUUUUUUGGGAUCAGACUGUGAAUUCACAAAGCAAAACCCGCAGCGGCUGAAGGAGGAAACGCGUCCUUGGCCUGGGGAGCAGCGCCGAGGUCGCAGCGAGCACCGCUGGCCUUUCUGCUGGCGGGAGGGACGGGACACAGAGCCCAUGCCAAGGAGCCCAUGCCAGGGCAGCCAGGAAUUCUCCAGGAAUUCUCCAGGAAUUCUCCAGGAAUUCUCCAGGAAUUCUCCAGGAAUUCUCCAGGAAUGCCCUGGAGAGCACAGGAUGGGCUGCCCACGGCGCCUGGAGCUCAACGGGACUUUUCCCACCACCACCACCACAAACUCUGGGAUCCGGACACCUCCUGCCAGCCCUGGGGCACAGGGAGCUUCCUUUGGAUUUAUUCCCUUUUUUUUCCCGUCCAUAAAGGAGGGAGAUUUCCUUCCCUCUGUCUUGUCUUUAUUUUUUGGUUUUCUUUUGGAAUGGGGUUGGUUGCUCUGCAGGAAUCCCCUUCUUCUGGAAGAGAGAACACGACUCUCCAACGCUCCUGGAACCUUGGGAAAAGCACAAGGAAUACUUGGGCACCCUGGGAUUCGCUCCUGGAGUGGGAAAAAAGGAAAUAAACACAAACACUGGGAACGAUCCCUUUGGAUCAACGUUCUGGAGAGCUCGUGGAGCUGCAUUGGGGCAUCCCAGGCUGCCCUCUGGCCCUGGAAUCUCCUGGAUCCACAUCUGGCUGAGGGGUUUGGCUGGAAGGGGACUUGGUUUGGGCUGGGUUUUCACUGUGACCACUAAAGCCCGGCUUGGCGGGACAUUCCUUGGGGAGGAGAUGGGAAUGGAGAAGCUGAAUCCUCUCCCUGGCUCUUCCAGAGCUCUGCAAGGCGUGGGAUGCAGCCUAAGGAGAGAAAUCCAAGCAGGGACAAUCCCUGUCCCCUCGGGAUCCUGCCAGCUCCAGAGGUGAGGAAGAGGAGGCAGAACCAUGGCUCCACCCCAGAGUUAAUUGGAAACAUCCCAAAAUCAAUGGGAAGACCCAGGACUGAUGGUUUUCCUUUGUUUGAAUCCCCAGCAUUGAUGGUUUUCCUUCUCUGGUGUUUAAAUCCCAGCACAACCCACAGGGAUGGAGAGAUCCUGGCCCUGGCACCCCCCAGGUGUCCAGGACGCAGAUCCAGACUCUCCAGUGCCUUUGGGAAAGGCUGGAUUUUUCCAGAGCAAUCUCUGCACACAGAUUCAAUUAAGAUAUUUUAAUUAAGAUGUUUCAAUGAGGUGGCUCUUAAUUAGCUGGAGCCCUGUUUGUUUGUGGAGCUUUGUUGUCAUGAUGGUCGUGAUCACGGUGGGGUCCCACGGAGACUUUGGAUUUGCUCUUGGAGAAAUUGAAAUGGGAAAAUUUGGGGGGAAAAAGUCUUUGCUUUGUGAAUUGAGCUGCACGGAGCCAGGGACACUUGGGCCCCUGAGGGGGUUGGUGGAUUGAGGGUUUUAUGGCCCUGGUGGGGGUUACAGGAUGGAAGAGCUUCGUUCUGGAAGGGAUUUGAGGCCCUAGGAAUAUUUUAAAUAUAUAUAAAUAUAUAUCUCCACUCCCGUAUGCCCUUCCACGGGUACGGAGGGAAAUGGAAUCCCUGGAACUUCUCAGUGCACUGGGAUGCUUGGGUGGGAUUUGGGGCUGGGAAGUUGGGAGCUUUGGGCUGCUUUUCCCUGGGAUACAACCCAAAAUGAUGACCUGGCUUUAUUCUGGAUGGGGAACAGAGCCCUGCACGUGGAUCAGCUCUAAAUCCUCAUUUUUGAGCUGUCAGCCUCAAAAUCCUCGUGGCUGAGGUUCUUGGAGCUUGGUGAAAUCCCUGUUGGAUGUUUGGGGUGGUGGUGCUGGGAGUGACCAUUCCAUGUCCAUCCCAGAGGAAGGACGAGGGUGAGGAUGAGGAUGAGGAUGAGGAUGAGGAUGAGGAUGAGGAUGAGGAUGAGGAUGAGGAUGAGGAUGCUCCAAAGGAGGGAACGCGCUCAGAAGGAGCCUGGUGCCAACCCAGAGCCACUUUGUGCUGCUCCAGAUGGAGUUUGGACUCCUGGAUUUGAUGAUUUGGAGGAUUUUAGCUCUGUUGGGAUCACACAAGGGAGAGUGGCACAAAUCAAGGUCACCAAGGCCACCCAAAAUCCCCGUAUUUUGGAAAAACCUGGAUUUAAUCUUCGGAGCUUGCUUUAAAAAAAAAACCCUCCAGCUUAAUCUUUUUAAUGCUGCUUUUCAGAGCUGCCUCCCUAAUCUUCUUCAUUCCAUUUUUUCCCUCUAUUUAAUAGUCUGAAGUUCCAUAAUACAAUUUUUUUACUCAUUCAAGCUUAACCUCGUCCCUCUCAGCUGGUGUUAGGUUGUAAUCCCGGCACUUAAAUCCGUCACAGCUUCGGGAGUGAGGAAAGCUGGAGGUGGGAGGGUGAGAGGAGCCUGGGCAGGACUUUGGCAGAAAUUAAAACAUGAGAUAAACACAAUAAAAAAAAAGGCGAAGGCAAUUAAACUGCUAA